GUACAGUCUGAGUCAGCUGCAUCAUUGCAUAAGGAUGAUCGCCAAACUCCUGGUAAAAAGCUUCUUCGACGGCACUCUAUGAACAAAAGUCAUGGGCAACAUUGACAGUCAAACAUGAAGCAUAAAUACACCUGCAAUGCUAGAUGGAAUAGCAUUCAACAGUUGGAGCGUUUUGGAAGCUUUUUCAGUUGUUGCCACUGGAACUGCUGCCAGCAGAAGUUGUGUCAUUCUUACUUCCAUUUUUAUUAAAACCGUAUUUCAUGGUAAAGUAAUUUGUGUUAUUCAAGUGAGCUACCUGUCUAUUCUGCAUAAAUUAUCUCUUUGCUUCUUUAAGCAGGUUCUUCUGACUAUUAUUAAUAUGAUUACUCACUUGAUCAGUGGUUUGACUGUGAACUUUGCUAUCAAGAACAAAUGUCUCUGGUGCUACAAAUUUUAUGUGAGAUUUUCAUUUCAUGGAUUGGGAUUUGAUAUGACACUGCAAAUAAGAUGACGGUUGUUGGUAUUGUUGAUAAAUGAUAGAUACAUAACAUAGUUAUUAGGCAUUGGGAUUGGUGUAUGCUGUUAUGUGGCAGAAUAGAUGGUUGUCUUAGUUUUUUGAUUUUUUUUUUAAUUUUUUUUUGAUUCUAGUAAAUAAGUUUAUUUUGUUCCGCAUUUUCUUCGGUCAUUCUUUUAGCAGUUAUAUUUUUCUUGCGUAAUGCAUUUGUAAGUUCAGCAGCUGCGGAAGGAAGAGUGGCCAAUGGACUACAAUAAUUCUUCUGAUAGUUUGAUUUUGGUUUAUAAAAUCAUUAAUGUUGAUCCUGGACUGAAAUGCAAUGCAAAUUUGAGGACAAAAAUUUCUUUUUGGGUUUUGGUUUGUUUAAUAGAGAGUGAGUUUGUUGUAAGUUGGCUCUCAACCAUCUUGAUGGGAUUUGAGUUUGAGUAGGUGCUGCAGUGGUAUAUCUCUGCUUAGCACCUAACAAUGCGUUUUUACUCUUUUUAAUUCCGUCAUUACAAAUUACAAUUGGCCAACUUGUUUGCUCGCGGUGACAAAUCAUAUUGAGGAAAUCAGAUAAAAUUCACAAGCACUCUAUAUGUUGUGUUAAGCUUAACUACCUUUUAAAAGCCUGUUUGUUACGAGUAAAAAUUAAGCAGAAAAACGAGAUGGUGAAUAUACAAUACAAUCUAGUAAGUGGACAAAUUUUAAACAAACAAGUUUGUCAAUUGGUGCUGUCACAUCCUUAAAUCGCAGUGGGAGGGGAACGAAUGAGGAGAAAGAUUUGCUGCUUAAAGAGGAGGGUGUGUAAUUAGCAAUUACACGCAGGAAGCGUGGGACGGCUCCAACCAAGAAAUUGUCCACCCAAGUCAUCCAAAGGAGAUCUCGCUCUAGCCAAUCAGUUUCAACCCAAUAGCCACGUGUCAUUGUCACAUAACAUACGAAUCACACCAAUAAGAUCAGUGUUUGGACACACAACUCCGGAAGCCAUCUCUGUCUCUCGACCAUGUCUGCAGCAGCUGCAACUGCAUUGCAAUCUUCCCUACGCAUCUCUUCUCAGAAACCAUCAUCUUCCCCUGGAAGUUCCCAACAACCAAACAGCCUUUCUGCAGCAAAACCCAAAAGUCUCCUCCAUAAGCACCCACUCUACUCAUCAACUCAUCAAAAUCUGUCCCUCCAAAUCAAAGAGAAAAUCUUAUGCCUUGAAAUCAUGGGCAUUGACUCAGGUAAAGCACUCUCUCUUAACCCUUCUCUUCACACCACUUCCCUCCAUUCUAUCCAUUCCAUAAUUUCCUUCCUCCAAUCCAAAGGCAUUCACCAAAAGGACUUCCCUAGAAUCUUUGGCAUGUGCCCCAAAAUCUUAACAUCUAACAUCAAAACUGACCUCAACCCAGUUUUCAGUUUCCUCUCCCAAGACCUUCAUGUCCCAGAAAACAACUAUAGGAAGGUCAUUAAUAAGUGUCCAAGAUUGCUUGCUUCAAGUGUCAGAGACCAACUAAAACCAGCUUUGUUCUAUCUUCAAAGGCUUGGUUUUAAAGAUUUGGAGGCUUUGGCCUAUCAAGAUCCUGUAUUGUUGGUUUCUAGUGUGGAACAUACCUUGAUACCUAAACUGAAGUUCUUGGAAAGUAUAGGGUUUUCAACCAAAGAGGCUACAAGUAUGGUGUUGAGGUGUCCAGGGCUGUUCACUUUCAGCAUAGAAAACAACUACAAGCCAAAAUUUGAGUACUUCAACGAGGAGAUGAAAGGGGAGUUGGAGGAGUUGAAGGAGUUUCCUCAGUUCUUCGCUUUUAGUUUAGAGAAGAGGAUAAAACCAAGGCACAUUGAAGUCAUGCAAAGUGGGGUUAAAUUGGGUUUGGCUAACAUGCUAAGGAGCACAGAUGACGGGUUUAAAGAGUUGCUGAGGGAAGGAGGCAAUCGCUGAUGCAUGCACUUAUUUUCUUCUUUCUUUGGACUUGUUUCAUUUUUAAAUUUGGCCAUUUCAUACGGUGCAUUGUAAAUGAAAGACCAAAGCAGUCAGAUAUUUCAAUCAACUGACUUACUAA